GGUUUUAACGACACAUUUAUAUACUUACGCGAUCGAACCCAAACAACCUCUAUUAUGAAUAAUUCUAACCUUUAAAAAAAAACUGGCAUUCUUUUAAUAAAAGCAACAGCAGCCGUUUCCUGUUCACCGAGGCUCAUCCCCAGCGCACAUAUACAAUAUCACAUGUCACAAACAUUAGUUAUUGGUGAGAAGUCGGAAUGCGGGAUGGUAGCGGUGAAUGUCUAAUAAAACACCAUGAAACUGUGAAGGCUACCAGAUUUGUGUCCAGGGUAUCAGAGCAUGACCGCCCUGUCGAGUUAGUGGAGGGAGACGGGGGGGGCGGGCGGGAUUUCGUGGUAAAUCGGCCGGUCUGCUGUAUGGGACAAUUUAAUCUUUAACAACACAUCGCUUCUGCGUUUAUAAAUACGCUACGCAAACACGCAAUACUUAAUCCGUCUCGUGGAAUAAUGCCGAGAGUUCUCCGAAAGUCGUUUUUUUUCUUCACACGCCGGCGGUACGGUCUCUCUGCUGUAGCGUGAAUCGACUGAGAACUUAACGCUCGGACUAAGACUCCAGCAGCUCGUUACUGCGCUGUCACGUGUACUUGUAUGUAUGUCGACCUUCUUUCGCACCGUACGUCGACACCCGCGCUAAUCGGAGGUACCCCACGGGCCCAAUGCCUCGUCUGUACCAUCUUAAAAAGCGCCAAUUUCCCCUUGUUCGUCUGUUUGCGCUCAAUGUUAAUGUAGGUCGUACAAUAAAUAAGCUCACUCUCUAUGUUCAAUGCAUAGGUUUUGACCAGGUUAGCUACGUGCUAUUUAAGGGCCAUUGCCCAAAAAGUCACCUGUAUACAAUAUAUGUUUUAUCCUUUUAAGCCCACAGUGUUGAUGAAGAAUGUGCCCAGAGCUUUUAUUGUUGUCAUGUGCUUGUGCACCACUGCCAACGCAGCAUCAUCAGCAUCAGCAGGAGCAUCAGCAUCAGCAGCAGGAGCAUCAGCAGCAUCAGCAUCACGUCGCGCGAGUAACGCAGCACGCGAGCGUCGCGCCGGACGAGAACGGCGAUGAAGCCACAGCAACACGCGGAGGCCACCCCGGUGAUGCUCGACCGCACCAUUGGCUUCCUCUAUGGCAUCUUCAUGCAAGUCGGGAUGAUCAUCGGCAGCGGCAUCUUCAUCUCCCCGUCCGGCGUGCUGCGCCACGCGGGCUCCGUGGGGUGGGCGCUGAUGGUGUGGCUGGCCUGCGGCUUCCUCUCCCUGCUUGGUGCCCUUUCGUACGCGGAGCUGGGCACGACGAUCCGCCAGUCUGGGAGCCACUACAUCUACUUGAGAGAAACCCUCGGGACGCUCCCUGCUUUCCUCUUCCUGUGGGUUGAGUUCAUCAUCGUCAGGCCUUCCGUCAUGGCCGUGGUGUUUCUGUCGAUGGGGCAGUACUCGCUGGAGGCGUUGUACUCGCCCUGCGCCGUGCCCCGCAUCGCCGUCAAGCUCCUCGCGAUGGUCUCCAUCUCGUUCGUGGUGUGGGUCAACACGUGGAGCUCGACGCUGUCGCUGCGCGUCCAGUCGUGCCUCUCCGUCAGCAAGUUGGCCGCCCUGGCCAGCAUCAUCGGCGUCGGAAUCGCUCACGUGGCGCGGGGUGAGUCCUCGCCUCUCCGGGUGAAGCCCACCGUCGCACGUUCGCCCCCUAGAACCUCACCCCGGGGCCCAGAGGAACGCUGCUGCUGCUGCUGGGCCAACCCUCCCGACUUCCCCGCAGGGCGGACAGAAUAUUUCGAGAACGCCUUCGACACCGCAGACAGCCGCCCGGGAGGUCUGCCGCUGGCGUUUUACUCGGGGAUGUUCGCCUAUUCGGGGUGGGCUUCCCUGAACUCUGUCACGGAGGAGGUGAAGCGCCCAGAACGCACGAUUCCGGUGGUGAUCUGCGCCUCGCUGGCCAUCGUGACCGUCGCCUACCUCCUCGCCAACGUCGCCUACUGCGCCGUGCUCACCCCGUCGCAGAUCCUCGGCUCCGCUGCCGUGGCCCAGACAUUCGCCGAAAACACCCUGGGCAAUGCGUUCUCGACCAUCGUGCCUCUCUGCGUGGCCCUGUCCUGCCUCGGCGGCAGCAUGGGCUCGUACUUUACAUCACCCAGGUGAGACGUGCACACGCAAAACACCUCGCAACGCGGCCUUCUGCAUUUCGUAUGAAAGACAAUUCCACGUUCCUCUGACGGGACCAAGAUUUUUUUUUAAUCGCCAAUUAUUGUUACUGUUUUUUUUAUCACGAGUGCACGUGCAUCAACCGGGAAAGCCUCACUGAGCCUCACGACACUCUGUCAGGAGGGUCCUGCCAAGUUUUCACAACGUGGUGCCGUAAUUGCACAACUACUUAAUUGGGAUCACACCCAGCAGCAAUCACCGCCCCUACUGGCAGACUAAUGCCCCAGGAGGGACACUCCUGCUAACGAGGCUCCAUCCUGCUGGUCUCUUGAGUUCUCACCACCUAGGUAAACAAAAUAAACUUGAACAUGAUGAUGACUUGGGUAUCUGCUCGGCUGAUUGUCACCGUGCCCUGGAAGUCUUGCAUCUGCCCAUCCCGUACAUCUGAAACCUACACAG